AAAAACCACUCUGAAUAUCUUAGCAUUGUUGAUGAUUUAAAAGAAAAGCAGUCAGUGUGUUUCAAGAGUAUCAAACACGAAAAGAACUAUGCUAAAAUAAUUCGCGAUGAAAUAAAGAAGUAUUUAGUCUUUUUAUACAUAUAUUUUGAAAGUUUUUCAAAGACAGCAUCAUUUGAAGAAACUAAGCGUCUAAACGAAAUGUUAUCUGAAUUGGAUUGGAACGAAUUUAUUACAAAGGAUAUGUAUGAUUCGCUCCCAAAUAGUAGCGGCUUGUACCUUAAAAUAGUCCUGGGCCACGUAAAUGUAUCCCUUACCAACAAACAAGAUAGAUACCUCUACAAACAUGACUACGAAAGAUUCAAGAUUAUUAUUUCAGCAAUCUCUGCUACCCUGUCCUUCCUUUUGUAUUUUUUUAUUCAUAGCAGAGUGAUGGAUACCGCCUUUCACUUUCUUCUUGUAUGGUAUUAUUGUACACUCACUAUUCGUGAACAAAUACUUAUAGUAAAUGGAUCCAGGAUAAAAGGUUGGUGGGUUACUGCCCAUUUUAUUUCGACGGCGGCCUAUGCAAUUAUGCUCAUAUGGUAUGCACUUUUUGUCUUAAUUCCUCGUCCUUAUUCAUUGCUCUCCUUUUAUUUUCGUUUCGGCUUGUUUAAUUUGUUUAAUAGUUGCCAAUAG